AUGAAGCGUAAUAAUAAUAAAAGCAAGACCAAGACGCAGCAACAGAUCAGCCGAGAACAGCGCUUGGGCCUGGUAUUUGAUAUCGACGGAACCUUGAUCCUCGAGACGGAAAACACGGCAGAGGAAAUCGUCUUGCGUCCAGGAAGCAUGGAGUUCCUGCAAUGGUGCCAACAACGGGGCCAUGCAUUGGCACUGUGGACCGCCGCCAGUGACUUUCACUUGGAUCGUUGCGUGAAAACCAUUUGUCCGCUCGUUGCCCCACACGACGACAAGCCUUGCCAAGGCGCAAAAUGCAACAAAACGUUUGAGUUUGCCUGGUGUCAUUCCAAGCUGAAACAGCAGGAGCAAACAAAACUGACCUUUGAUGUGUCACAACUACAGUACACUUAUGCAUGUCCCUGUCGGUACACGAAGGACUUGAAAAAGGUUUGGAAGGCUGCGCGUUGUGCGAAAGGCAAGCAACAUCGAAUGUUUGGCCGAAAGGAGCGGACUUUGAUGAUUGAAAACACGCCUCAGCAAUGCAUCGACAACUUUGGAAACGCCAUUUACGUUCCCACAUACGAUGAUCCAGCAUCCGCAUCGUUCACAGCAGAACAAGAGAUGUGGGAGCGACUCAAGAAGUUCCUGGUGCAGGAGCUGGAACAAGCUCCGGACAUCCGCGAGGUGCGAAAGUGUCGGCGGCUACAUGGAUUUACCGAAUCUGGCAGGCCACACGCCUGUUUCCAACAAGAUUGGUGGUACGCGGAUGAUGAUGACGAGGAAGCAAAGGGCGAUGGAACUUAUAGUGACGACGGAACAUAA